CAGCGUAUAUCUAUGGUUCAGAUGCGCUGUGACGUCGUACCACCAAAGCAGACGUGGCAGACGAGGCGUUUUAAAAUACAGUGAAGACUAAAGCAGCUAACUACGACCAUUAUCUGUAGGAGAAAGGAAAGUACAACGGGGAACCGGCGCUUAACAGAAACAUUUUGUAGGGUUUUGUGUUCGUUGACAAUUUUGGUGCCUUCAAUAAACAAUGGCAUCAUCUGCAAAUAACAGUUCUGUAGGUAAAUGGGAGGUAGUUAGGAAAGGCAAGAAACAGAGCGGCGUUGCAAAGAGUCAAACCGACAAGAAGUCCAGUGGUGGUGGAAGGAAAGCCCUGAGUGAGUCCAAUUUACCAAGAGUUGACACUUAUCUGGCUGUGAAAAUGUCCGAGACUAUAUUUGAGAGUUUUGAGAAGAUUGGAAAGAAGCAGAAUAAAGAGCAGGUUCCUCCGCCAGCUGAGGCCCAACAGAAGAAACCCAAUGCAGGGAAGCAGAACAAGAAAUCCCCCUCUAACAGCAGCUCAAAACAGAGCCACUACAAAACCUUGGAGGAAGCCGUUAAAGCUCUGGAUGUAAUAGAUUUAAAGCAACAGCUUGAGAAAAGUCAGGCUUUGUUCCCUGAGAAUCCAUGUGUGUGGGUGAAGGAUCUGGCUGGAUACCUCAACAGCAAACUGAUUGCUCCAGACACAGAUCCCACACUCAGCAGCUAUGCUCACGAUUACCCAUAUUGUCUUGCGGGCAAGGAGCUGCGCAGCAUCGUUAAGAACAUACUCGGAAAAGGCACAGACACUCUGAAAGACUUCUUUGACCACUGCAUAUUCACCAUGCUCCGGGAGUUAGACAAACAAGCAGGUGAACCACUGCAUGGCUACAGGAUGUGCAUUCAGGCAGUCAUGAUGAACAAACCCAAAGUAGCCACGCUGAACUUGUCUGAACACCUGGAGCUGCUACGCUCCCACCAGAAUCGUCCAGCCAAGUGCUUAAGCAUCAUGUGGGCUCUUGGCCAGGCUGGUUUCUAUGACCUUUCCCAGGGUGUAAGAGUUUGGCUGGGAAUCAUGCUCCCUGUUCUUGGUGUGAAAACUCUGUCGGCCUAUGCCAUUGCAUACCUAGAAAGACUGCUCACGCUUCAUGCUAACUUGACGAAAGGAUUUGGAGUAAUGGGACCUAAAGAGUUCUUCCCUCUCCUGGAUUUUGCUUAUAUGCCUAAAAAUGCUCUGUCAGUGAGUCUACAGGAGCAGUUGAGGAGGCUUUACCCUCGACUUAAAGCCCUAGCGUUUGGAGCGAAGCCAGAAUCCACCCUUCAUACCUAUUUCCCUUCCUUUCUGUCUAGAGCCACACCUAACUGUCCUGAUGCCAUGAAGAGAGAGUUGCUGAACAGUCUGACUGAGUGCCUGUCUGUAGAUGCCCAGAGUUUGGGGGUGUGGAGGCAGCUUUACACUAAACACCUCACCCAGUCCAGCCUCUUGUUAAAUCAUCUGCUGAAUUCAUGGACCACACUGUCACCAAAGUUGCGGAACAACCUUCAGGAGACUAUUCAGUCAUUCAGAGUGACCAAUGAAGAGAUCAGGGCCACAGCUAACUCAGAGGACAUACAGGACUGCAAUGCUGUCUGCAAUUCUCUGCAGAUGAAGAUCCGCUGUCAGGGUUUCCCGUGGUCACGGCUGCUGAUGGCCAUGUUGGUGUUUGCCGCUGGUUUUAUUGCUCAUGAUCUGAGGUCACAUGGAACAUUUGCUGGGUCCACCACAGCACUGUACCUGGAGAGAACCGGAGUUGCCGCUGUGUCCCAGCAGGCCUGGAGAAAAGUGUCUUACUACAGCCAGCAAGGCAUCAGCUGGUUAGCUGAGAGCACACCUUAUUACUACUCUCUGGCUGUGGAGGCUUUGGGUCCGCUACUAGUUACAGCUCUUGAGAAGCUUAAGGUGGCUGCAGUUUUUGUUGCACAGAAGAGUUCAGAAUUAAUACUGUUGGUGCAAGAGAACACACCUCUACUCAUAGAAUGGAUCAAUGCCAACACUCCAGAGAGUGUAUUCCAGUUUUUGGAGUUUGUGAAGGAGCUAAUGCUGUUUGUGCAUCAGAGCUUCGUCCUCCCCACCCUUCAGUACUUCAUUACAGCGAUGCAGCACGGCUGGCAAUCACUGCAAGACUCCUGCAAUGGUGAAGUAUCACUCCACUGCGUGCAGAACCAUGUGAUGGCAUUCACCAAUAGCACAUGGAUCUACCUACAAGACACCACAACAGCCCUCAGGAGCUGGGCUCAAGAACUGCUUUCCAGAGCAUGAUGUCCCCCCAUACACACUCGUGCACACUCACACAAUAUUGGUCAGAGACUCCCUUCACUUGUGUUUGCCCUCUUCUGCUGGGUUGCCACACGUGCUUUAAUAACAGUUUUCUAAUAUGGAGGACUCUGCAGGAGUUGGAAGAUGAGCCUCAAAGUUCUUUUUGACCCCACCACCUCCUUUGGGGCUUUUCAUUUUAUAAACAAAUAAGCAUCCCCACCCCAGCUGUUGGUGGGAGCUCCUGUACAGUACUCAACUUUUCCCCUGGUAAUUAGAAAUUAUAUAUUUAUUUUACAGUGUGUUGCCAAAGUAAAUUAAACAAAAGAUUACAACAGGCUCUUCCCAGAGAUAACUAGAAGUAAAAAGGCACCACACAUUACUUUUAAAUAAUUGUAAAGAAAAAAAAAAGUAAAAUGCCCUGUCUCUUAGGUUUUGCUUGCAGAAAUUCUGAAUAGCUAUGGAUUUUUGUAAAAAUGUUACAGAACAUAAUAUUAAGCAGUGAUGAGUAGAAAUAUGCUAUCAAAUUCAUACACAUUCUACACACUCAACACAUUUUACACAGAGCGAAAUUGCUUACAAAAUAUGCACUUCAACACGGAUGCCUUAAUAAAAUGUAUUGAUUUUUUUCCACAACUUAAAAAAAAUUGGAAGAGUGGACAUUACAUGUUGAGCAACAGCAUAUUGAAUUAUCUCUGACAUUAUGAUCUAAAUUGUCAUAAUGACUUCAAGUGGCUAUUCUUCAUAUUUAGCUCUCCGUAUUGGUUAGUCCAUGAAUCUUGUGUGUUGGUGUCAUUUUUAAUUCCAGCCACUUCUUACAUUUGUAAUACAAAAGCAAUGAUAAGAACAUUUUUGUAACGAAUGAGAGAAAGUGGCUAGCUCUGUUUGUCUUUUUCUUUUUUCCAACUCCAGUUGCGUAACUUAGUCCAUUUACACUGCAGUCUUCACUGGUUAUUCUGCAUGAGUCAUGUCAUCUAGUGAUCAAGUAAUUCUGCCACUAGAUCCAGGUGAGUUAAAAUGGGGAGGGGGGGAUUGCUAGUGCUCACUUGAUAGACGCAUGCAGCUAGUGAUUAGCAGGGUGUGUGCUGGAAUUAAAUGUGUGUGUGUGUGUGUAUCAUUGUCAAAGGUGUACAUUAAAGGUUCCAUCAAUUUUUAAAAUUAUCUGCAUAAUUCAGUCAUUGAAAUAUAAACUAAAUCAGAAUAUUCUGAUGUGAAAUGCAUUGUAGACAAACUAACCAAUUUGGAUUUCAUUACAGUGCUGGUGAUAGGAACCAGGGGUCAUGAUGUCUGCGAUGCAGAUAGCCAUUUUAUUUCCUAUCUAGAACAACAAGUGAACCUACGCAUGUUGAUGAUUAAUAGUGAUAAACCCCCCAAAAAUUCUGUGGGUACUAUUUUGGCCUUACAGUGCCCUGCAUAACCUUCUGCCUCUAAGGUAUUUUAAAACAUGUACGUUUUAGGCCAAACCUUUAGCACAAAACUGUCAUAAUGUCUCAGGGAGUGUUUUCGUAACCAUGUCAUGUAAUGGCUUUCUGUGAGGUGGCUUUUACGGACAAUAAAAAAAGACAAUGGUUUCUGUCACCACAGCUGUAAAUGAUUGACUCAGUUAGUUUCUCUACAGUGGUGCAUUUUGCAUCAAACCACUCUGAAUUUACAUCUGAAUGAUUUAAUUAUACAAAACUUUUUAGGGGAAAAAAGUUGAAUUAGGCACUAGACUAAAGAUGGUUACUGCUGCUACUGUUUGAAAAUGUUUUACUUGGAAUGUCUUUUAAUGUGAAGUAGAGAGGUGUAUUGAGGAAUGACCCUCAUGUUUUACCUCUCACUUUACUUACUGUAUGUUUAAGUAGAUGAGCUGGAUAGAUGAAUGAUCCCAGUUUCGAAACAAUUGAACACAGACCUUUUUCUGUAAAUCUUUUCCAGGGCAGAAUUCUUUGUUCAUCCUCUGGACUAUUAAAUGUGAGAGAAGCUACAUUUGUAAAUUGUACUGUAUUCAAGUAAGAUUUUUGGUGUCCAAGUUCCAUCCACAUUCAUGAAAUCAGGUUUCAUCUGACUGCUGGUACCCUAAACGCUUUUAGCCAGUAGGCCACUGCCAGUUGAUUCCCUUAAUAGGAACCAUUUGGCAGUAUUUAAAGCAGGCCAAGGUGGUUCAGGACAUAUUCAUGGUUAGACCAUAGUCCUGUGCCCUUAUGACAACAUGGUCAGCACUAAAGAGUGAGUCAUGAAAGUAGAGAAAACAUAUGAUAAAUGUGAUGAGCUAAUAUUACUUUGUACAAAAGGUUAAUAAAUAAAAUCCGUUUAUGCCCAUGGCACAUGUCUACUUUAGUGCUGUCGAGUCCCUGCCAUUUGAUAUGUUCUGUAUGCUGUGACCUGAAACUGAUUUUCAAAAACACUGGUUAUUGGUUAUUUGUAACUUUGACUUCAUGGAUGUUAAGUUGUACCAUAUAGGUGGAGAUCUGCUAUGAAGCACUGAUAACAAAUGUCUCCAUUUGUCUGAGAUCAUUUCACUUUUGUGGUUUAGUGUGAUCUGUCUUUCAACAAGGCCACAUAAGAGAAUGAUAUCAAAUACAAGUGUUUUAAAAUUCUGUAAAGUUUUUCUUUGAUUAAUAUUUGAAAAAUUAUCUUUUCAAACUAGUCUAUGGAUAUUAAGCCAAUUGUUUCAAUGUUGUUCCUUAAACAAUUUGUGGAGUCUGUAGGUAAAUAAAAAAAGAACCUUGA